UCUCAACGGGUCUCGUAUCCGUUUCAUGUGGCGGUGCGAAUGAUGAUGAUGCCAUUGACCUUUUCUCUCCCGUGGGCAGUUCAACUUGGCUCCUCGAAUGAGGGAGGGAAAUCGUGGAUCUUUCAGCCUGGAAGGGCAGUUGAGGGUCCUAGUGGGUCAUCGGCAAUGCCCGAAUAUAAUUGUUCCCUCGGCAAUACCAGGUGUGGCUGUUUCUAUUAUUAUAUCCUUUCUCGCCUUCUUAAAGUAUCUCAGUAUACGAGCUGCAUAGCUUGCU